AUGACGUUCAAGAGGAACGCCAAUUUCGAUGAUCCGGACACGCCACAAAACAGUGUGAACGAAAAAGAGGCACCUUCUCCUCUAAGGAACAAGGGAACGAUGGACGAUCAAGUACCAAAAGAUUGGACCAGGACGGAGGAUAUUUGUUCGUUGAGCGAUUGGUUGAAUUCGAACAAAGAGCCCGAGACCGAGGAGGAGAAGCGAGAUCCUUCGAACUCUGAUAAAGAUGCGGGUGAAAGAUAUAACGUAAGAAGUCUACGGGACGAGACGAAAAAAGAGGAUUCCCCGUCGUUGGAGACGCUCGAGGAAACGGUGUUGGAAUUGAAGAAAAAUCUCGACGAGGGCGAGAAGAAGGUGCACGAUGAUUCGAAAACUGCAGACUCCGGUAGGGGAAAUACAGUAAUUGACAUUCGAUUUUCCACCUUUUCAGCGGUAGACUCCAGGUGGUGGGAGACAUCCGGGCCGGAUGUCUUUGAUGUGAAAAAAAAUGAACCGAGUCCUGGAGAUCUUGAUGAUAAGAAUGCACAGCCGAAAGUGUGGAGAACGAAAAGGACCGAAGUUAAUAACGAAGACGGUAACCCGAAACUCUUUCACAGAGCGGGGUUUGGGGAGCCGUACCUUGAAGAGAAAACCCUGAAAGAGCUCCACGACCGUAAAAGACGCAGCAAAGGGACUCCGUCGGAUGAGAAACGUUAUUUGAACGAGGUUCGUGAUAAAAACAACGUCCAGCACGGCGAAAAGAAUUCGAUGAUUACGCUCGAGGAACCGAAUUACAACAACGCGGCGAACGAUUUGCAAGAAGGUACACUGUCGAACAACGUCGACGACGUUUCGAAAAAGAUUCCGAACGGAUGGAACGUGGAUGGAAACCGAGACGCGAAAGAGAACGACGAGCAAUCGGAAUCAUCGCGAGGAAAACCGAACGAAACGGAGAAGAAGUUAACGAAGUACGAGGAAAAGGGUGAAAAUCUCGAGGGAGAUUCUUUGGGAACCUUUGGUAUCGCGACGAAUGAAUUGCAGCCUGUUUCCACGGAAACCUUCGUGAGCACAGACGGAAAGGAAGAGGCUGCCGAUACCAGAAUGCAGAAAACGGAAGAACAACAAGAAAAUGUCGGCACGAGCAAGGGAGAACAGGUGAUCAAAGUCUCUGAACCUCAAGGGCGUCUGUAUGAAAACAGUGAACGCACAAAGGAGGUCCAAAGGAUCGAAGCGGAUGAUGAGGAGCGUGGAAAAUUGUCUCAGCAACUGUCGGAAGGGAAAAGGUCGGCUAAAGGAGAAUCGGGAAAUAUUAAUAUUCUCCUAAAGUCGGAGAAAAAGAAUCUGAUAAAGAUCAACAACGAGAACUCGCUCGGAAACGAGCAACGGCCGUUCGUCGUUAACAGAUUCGACGUGAAGAAGAAACUGGUAGUGGAGAACGAGGAAAAGCCUGGGAAAUCGGUGUCCAUGAUAUUCAAAGUAAAAGUCGAAAAAAAGGACAGCGAAGAACGCGUGAACGUAGGGACGAGGGAUAGUCGAUUCGACGCAGACGUUUUCGAUCUUGGGAAGAACAAACCUAACGAAGAACCGUACAAAGACGCGGUCGGAUUUACGAACGACCUGAAACAAAGGAACGUCGAUGAAGAACGGCUUAAGAACUCCGCGGAGUUCGACAAAGGACCAGCACAAAGGAACGAAGGACCCCGAAACUGGUACGAAGGCGUAGCCGGUGACCAGACGAACCUCGAACAGGGUGCACCGAAGAAGUGCAAAGAGGAGAGGGAUAAAUUUCGAAACGAGGAGGAACGGUUUCGCGACGACAAGAAGAAAGGGGAGUCUAACGACGGGGCAGGCUCGAAGGACGCGAGCGCCUCUAUUCUGGAUGAUAACCUCAAAGAUUCCCAAGGGGACAAUAGAAAGAAAUAUAAGGAAGUAUUUAUACUGACCGAUGGUGUGGGCGAACGGAAAAUGAAUGACAAAUAUGUUCAAAGGAGAAUACUUCAAUACAUGGAAUAUUCAAACGACGACGUCGAGGACGCUGAUUCGAAUUACAGCGACAGGGAGGAGGAGGAGGAGAAUCGACAAGACGGGGCAGCCGAAAAGAGUGGCGUGCCAAGGCAAAGGAAACAACGAUCACCGCAGACCGGCAGAGCUAAUCCGGUGAAGGCGAAACUGAACGUUCUGAUAAAAGAGAAGCUGGACAAGAAGAAAAAGUCUGAACGCAGAUACAAGAGGAAGAGACGCAACCCGGUCGACAUUAUACAGUACUACGAUUACGACAACGAUGUUCAGGAACAGGAUGGCGACCCUCUGUCCGCUGUCAGCGAGGAGGAACGAGCGGGAAACAAUUACGAGCAGAACAAUCCCGACGAAUCUAACGCGGUAAUCGGUAAUAUUGCUUGCACCUCGAAAUCGUUGUAA